GGUUUCAUUAAAAUUUUGAUCUCUUUUUCAAGAGAGACCUGUGUAUAAUGAUAAACAUAUACAGUUUAGGUAUGGAAAGACACACAGAUGUUAGUGUACAUUAAGAAAAGCAAUUAAAAGUAGAAUUGCUUCAAGUGAAAGUAGUGAUUCUAGUUUAAACAUUUUUCCAUUGAUAAGGACUAUAAGGCCUUAUUUAAACCAUCUAUGGCUUAUUGUUCAAGUUGACUUGGGUGUAUCCAACUCUACUUUUGCUAGUUUAUUUUAUAGUACCAGGAGAUUUAAAUAAUUGAUGAAGUCAAGCUUCUGUGCCUUGUGCAGAAAUGCGCACAGCUCUUAAUGGUGAGAUUCUUACUAUCUGAAUAAUGCACCCUUUAAAUAUCAGAAAAGUAGUACACCAUUGACUUCAUACCAGGUUUUGAUAGUCAGUGUUGCCAUCAGUUUCUGCUGCCUCAUGAUAACAAUGAGCCAACAAUAUGCCUGACCACACCUCAUUUUAAGACCAACACUCCCAUGGGUGCACAGAUAGAUGGGCACAAGUGCGUUUGCUACAUACACAAUGUGGGCACUGGACACUGGACGUAACAACUGCAUCAGUUGGAAACUAGCGAUGACACUUGCUGGCGGCGGGUGGAAGAUGAAGCACAUAUUAUUUGAAAGUAGAUAUUCCAAGCUCAGUGUAAACAUGCAAUACUACUAGUUUAAAAUAUUCUGACUUGACAUUGUAAGUACUGGAUUUAUAUGAGACCAGAGAGCAGAGUUUUUGUAGUAGAGCCUUAUAGAUAAAUAUGACACAUUGCAACUCCUGUCAAUUGAACAUGUGCAGUCGAGGAAGGGAGAGUUAUUUGCCCCAGCAAAACUCGUAUCUCUGAUUAUUUAUGUUAAGAAUCAGGGAACUGGUUGAUUUGUCACCCUGUAUAGACACUGUUAAGGAAAACAAUUUUAAAAAAUUAUAUAAAUAAAUAUGCAGUACUCCCCAUUUUAAUGUGUGCUACUCAGGUGUGUAAUUGUUGAUGAACGCCUCUUUCCCUUACUAGCUGAAGCCAGAGAUGGAGCGAUAUGAGUGGGUGGUGAUCCGCCACCCCGAGUUAGCCUCCUCCAUCAAGACUGAUGGCCAGGAAGACAUAGCCUCGUCUGGGGGCCAAAGUGCAGACAAUGGCUUACAGCAGCCAGAAAAACCUGCUGGAGACCUGUCGCCCUUCCUAUCCGCCCGCCACUUCAACCUUAACUCCAAGAAUACUUCCAUGUUCAUGGCUGGCAACUUCGACUCUAUCAUAGUUGGGGGAGGUGAAGGCAACGCUCUCUACAUUGACUCUGAGCUCAACCAUGGGCGCACUGGCAGGUGCACCACCUUUGACAACCCGCCCCUGUGUGCUGACAGCUUCCAGGUUUCACUGCUAGAAGUGUGGGGCUUCCAGGAUGCCAUGGCCUCGUAAUGCUGUUCACGUACAUGCAUGUAGAUCCAUACAUGCGCGUGUGUGUGUGUGUGUGUGUGUGUGUGUGUGUGUGUGUGUGUGUGUGUAUGUAUGUAUGUAUACACAUAAAUGACAACACUUAAACAUAUUAAAGCAGAAAAUCUUCAUAUAAAAUGUCCAGCAAAGUGUUUCAGGUGGAAAACACAGAAAUGCAAACAGAACUACAUCCGUCCUGCUAAUUCAUAUGUGAUUAACUAUUUUCAAUUAAAUUGUAUUUAUUAAUGCAUAUAUUCCAAAUUUCAACAUGUGAACAAAAUUGUGAUUAUUUUUUUUUUUUGUUUGUGUGUUUUUCUGUUUAUUUUUGUAUUCACAGAUUUGUAUUAUGAUGUACUAAUGUUAAAAUACCUGGUAAUAAGAAGGAAGUGUUCAGGAUCAACUCUAGAUUUAUGUUCAUCCUGAGCUGAAACUUUUGAAUUUCUGAAUGUAAAUUCAGUCUUUUAAUUUCUGUGGUUCUGCUCAAUCUGCCAAAUUUACUAUAUAUGUAGCUCUGUAGUCCUUAAAUGUUAAAAUGUUAUUUACCAGGCCAUGUUGAUAAGCUGAGGUUUACGAUCAUCAAAAGUUGUGAAGUUAAGAGAUGAUUUGGUGAGACCUGUUUUUAUAUGUUGGAAUACUUAAAAGACAUAGUGAAUAUGUACCAGGUGAGCUCGAAUUUUGGUCAAGUCAUGUUGCAUUUUCCCACACGUUUUGAUUUGCUGUACAUAUGUGGGAGAUCUGAUAAAUGAAUUAACGUGGUAAAUGUUUGUGGAUAUCAGUGAUGAAUUUGAGUGUUGCCAUUUUGCACCAUGCGUCAAUGCUUCCUUUUGAAUGUGUUCCUCCUUUUUGUGUAGUAUAUGAAUAUUCAUGUGAAUAACAGUACAACAUUUUUAAAGAAAAACUCAAGGUGUUUUUGGUUUACAAGUAAUGGCAAUAAGUGCAGGUUGUUCAUUUUUUUUCUUCUUAUGAUUUUCCUCUUCCUUCCGUCCUUUCCAGUGUGAAGAUAGUAUCAAAAGAAGUCCAAACUUUCGCCCCGUUGGCAAAGUGUUGUUGGGUAUACCCUAUUUGUGUCUGUGUGUUCAAAUGUGCUCCAGUAAAAUAUCAAUUGAGUAACUACAAAUGUAUUCUAUAUAUUAAAAUACAGCAAUAUGCUUUCAGUAGCAAA